AUGGCAGAAACAGUAGGUCUUGCUGCUAGUGCACUGGGUCUGGCUUGCACGGGCUGGACAGUGGCGAAAGGUCUUCACGAUCUCGCUGAAGAGGUGGGCAGCGUUGGGGAAGCCAUUCGUAUCUUUGCCGACGACUCCGGCUUUUCGCGUACACAAGCACCCACAGAAGAUCUGCUCGACGUUGCAUUGGCAAACGCUGUGAAGCCAUUUCAAACCAUGCUCAUCAAAUUGGAGUUUCUUCUCGUCAAUGAAGGAAUGAUCCUGGUCGGAUGGAUUAGUUGGGUGCGACUUCAAGGGGCUUCCUGCUACAAGCGUAGAGUUCUUUUCUACCAUCCCGCUCCUAACGCAUUGAAGGGCAACGUCUCUCUUCUCUUCCAAGCGACGACGCUCCGCGGCCAACACCCGCCUCAUCUUCGCUUGUGA